AUGCCACAUGCUAAGAGUGGCAGGGAUGGUAGUGUUACGGUGGGACUGAAGACCAGUGAAGGUGACACCGUGAGUCAGCAGGGGAGAGAAAAAGAAUUGCCGUCGGAUACCGCGAAGUUAAUGCCAUACAACGAAAAUGCCGAUCUCCCAUUGUACACGAUUGAUCAGGUACCGGAACAUCUUUGCGACAAUCGGUACAUAUUAACGGGAUACCGUGUGGGGUACACGGCAAGAAUGUGCAUAAGUAGCAUAAUAGCUCUUCAUAAUGAGACGUUCAACAUUUGGACCCAUCUUGUAGGUUUUUUGGCGUUUCUUGUCGUUGUUGUGUGUUUUUUUGUGAUUGUUCUUAUUCCAUCGUCGCACCAACAGCAACAUGAGGGAAACGCAUUCUCAAACACCGCUAGUGAAUCAAAGGGGCUGACGUACUUUCUAUUUGCCGCCUAUUCUUUUGGUUGCUUAAUGUGCAUGUUGUGCAGUACGGUAUUUCACACGCUGCUGCCCCACAAAAGCAGGAAAGUGUAUUCAUGGGCGCAUUCUUUGGACUAUUUUGGUAUCACAUUUCUUGUGGUUGGUUCGUUUCUUCCCUUUUGUUACUUUUCAUUUGCAUGUGAACCGUUUUGGCGUUGGACGUAUUUGAGCAUGAUUUCUUUUUUUGGCGUUUUUGGCGUGCUGGGACCGUUUUUCAAGGAAUGGACGCAGCAGCAAUAUGCACGAUCCAAAAUCUUAUUUUACGUUUGCAUGGUGGGUAGUGGACUUUUUCCUAUUGUUCAUAUCUAUCUUCUUCUCCCCGGUAACGUUUCAUCAUCGUUUGUAGAGGGUUUAUUGUUGAUGAUGGCAUUGUAUGGUGUGGGAGUGUUUGUGUAUGCCUUUCAGAUACCUGAAUUUUUCUUUCCUGGAAAGUUUGACAUAUAUCUUUCCAGUCAUCAAAUAUGGCACGUGUUUGUUCUGGCAGCCGCGUUUGUGCACUUUUUCAACACUGCCUCGAUUUACGUCAACUUUCGGCAAAUGAAUCUCAGCUGCUAA